AUGAUGCUCAGUGCAGAGGUGAUUUUGAUUGUAAUUUUACUGGCAAUUUGUGUUAUUCAAUGCCAAAAGUAUCUCGAUUGUACAUUUGACCAAGGUGAUUUGCCAUGCAAAUUGUCUCCUGUUGGAACGUCUCCGGAGCUACAAGUUAUGAGUAUUGUGUCGAUAGAUAAUCCAUCGGCAGUUACAGUGAUACCAUUGUCCGAUGUGACAUCGAUCACUAAACCAACAAUUGGAAAUAAUCUUCAAUGUCAAAUACCUUACAAAUUUAGUAAUGAUUCAGAAGAUAUGUACUUUUGUGCUGCACUCAAAAGCUCACCCAAUGCAUCACAUUGUAUAACAACAGAUUCGACGAGUCAAGAGUGCAUACUCGGUCAGUAUGUACUGGCACAACUUGAUUCGGGAGAAAACUUUACCUAUCAUGUCGAAGUGAUAGGUACCACAGGUCCAUCUUGUCUAAGUUUAUAUUAUUAUAUAACGAGACCCAAUGUUGGUCAAAUUGUUGUUCGGUCUACUGACAUCGUCGAUGACACAGUUCAACAAAUUGGUACAAUUUCUGAUGUGCCAAACAAUGGAUGGCAUCGUGUUAGCUUCAGUUUUCAACCAAAUGUAACCAAUUAUUACAUAAAUUUUGAUUUAGAAAGAUUGACAAGUUCACAAGAAUUAGUAUUUAUUGCACUCGAUCAAAUUAAGAUUAUUGAUGGUCAUUGUGAAAAUGUUGAUGAAACGACUACUAAAGCCGACCAAACAUCACCAAUAACCACAGCAGAGAUUGUUACUACUACUAAUAGAAUUCUUACUACACAACAGACUAUCCUACCAUCAACACAAGCAUCGAGUACACCUACUCCGUUACAAACUACCGAGAUUACAGCACCAUUAUCUACCCAAACUGCAUUCGAUACUACUCUGCAAACGACUACGACACCAAUUGUCACUACGGGACACCCUUUUCUUCCAAUAUUUCAGUGUGACUUUACAACAUCAUGUUUUGGAAGCGAUGCUUUUCGUAUUACUAAUGGCACUGAAUUCAAUCCAACCAAUCUAUCGAGCAUCUCUCAACCUCCUGAAGCACCAACGUCAGAUGUAUCUUCCAUCUCUAAUCCAACAGACAACAAUGAGAAAUGUGAACUACCUUUCCGACCACAGAUCAACAAUACUACUCAAACAUCUUGGGAUAUGUGGUUUUGCUACAACGAAGCCUGUCCCACAGCUAGCUCAACAAGCGCUUCUUGUGUACUAGGUGAAUAUGGUCUCAUUACUCUUCCUCCAUCACAAAGCAACGUGACAGUCACCGAUUCGCUCACUCCAAACGUGCCACCAAAGCCGCGAGAUGCAUCUGGUGCUCAAUGUCUUCGAUUCUACUACUAUUUCACUGUUUAUGAUGGACAAGACUGGGGUCAACAGAUCCAACUAUGGAUCAAACCCAACGAUGGUGGUGAUCGAGUUGAAGUGGGAACAUUGACAGUCAAUGACAUGCAGAGAAACAAAUGGGAAUCUGCCCAAUUCGAAUUGGAACGCAUAUCAUCGAAUGAUAUGUUGGAAAUCAACUUUGUGAUAGUCAACGACACUCAAGAAAAGAAUAUAACAAGAAGUCAAUUAAUAAACUUCGCCAUGGAUAAUAUUGAGUUAUAUGAUUACAACUGUUCAUAUGUCGACGAACAAUUAGGUAUAUUGACAACAACACGGCCAAUAAAGACGUCUACUUCGAUUGCCACAAACACAACAACCGAACCAGAGGCAACUCCUCGAAAUAAAAAUAAACGAAAUUUAGACUUGAUCCUCGGGCUUUCAUUAGGUAUUGGAGGUGCUUUGAGUAUUAUUAUCAUUGGAUACCUAGCUCUCAGAUGCAAAGCGAAAGGAAAGGCUCGCAGGAAGAGUGCAUAUGAAUAUGAUAAAUAUUUUCCAUUAGAGUCACCUCUCUACAAACGAAAUACCAAGUAG